AUGGUGUGGGCAUACAAAUGGAUCAGUGCAAAGACACAAAAAUCACAAAUUAAAGUUUACAUCACUAGCAUAGAUAUGAGUAGCGCUUUUGAAACAAUCCGACGUGAACAGCUUGUUGAUAUUGCAAAGAAAUUCCUCGACGAAGAUGAAGAAGCUAUAUACGCAGACGACGCUGAUUUCCUCACAACUAGUGAAUUGGAAAAGAAUAUCAUCACAGAAAAGAUUGGAGAAAUUCUGCUUAGAGAUAAUUUGAAAGUAAACAACAGCAAAACAGAGCAAACAGAAAUUUUUCGAGGAGACAGAAACACAGAGCGAUGGAGGACAGUUAAAAAGCUUGGCUCUCUGUUAAGUGAUACGGAAGAUAUACAAAGAAGAAAACAGUUGUCGAUAGCAUCCAUGAAUAGAUUAAAUCACAUCUGGAUCAGAAAAGACCACGUCAGCGAAAAACUUCGCCUCAAGCUUUACAGAACACUUGUAAAACCAGUUCUGAUAUGCGAAGAUGGACCAAUUUCAAUUGACAUCCUCAAGGAUAGAUGGCGGCUGUUUGGUCACAUAUUACGCUUGUCCGACGAUACACCGGCUGUGAAGGCAAUGAGAUUUUACUUUGAGGGAUCGGAGAGGGGAUUCAGAGGCAGACCUAGAGAAACUCUCGUGACAACCUUAAAUAAAGAUAUCACCAGAGCAAGAGCAAUGGAAAGGUCUUUUCCACUACCGAACAUAAAGAACAAUGGAGAUUUUGAAAAGAUACGAUCCACAGCAAAGGACCGCAAAGAAUGGAGAAGAUUAUCAGAAGUAGUGUGCAGAGCUGCAGAAGCAGAAACAACAUGA